AUGGUGGACCUAUUAAACCUGCAAUGCAAGCAGUGUGGCAAGUGGUCCACUGCCGGUGCCGGCUACUUGCCCUCUUUUUCUCAAGAGCUCUACUGUCAGGAUUGCUGGAAGUUGCGGAACGAAGAGGUAUUGUCGUAUCCUAUUGAUCAGCUGGCUAACCAGCCUGCCCCUCAUUGGCUCCAGUUGUUGAAGGUCCCUCACCGGCCCUUGGUAAGAAACAAGGGGCCGUUUCCAUGGACAGAUCUUGACAUCAGAAAGAUAGAUGAGUCUUUGAGGUGCAGCAUUGAACAACUUUACGCGGAUGUUCAAAAUGAGCUUCCUUCGCACCCGGGCCAGAGAUGCCUCAGCGAAUUCUUUACAUCCCUUGCCGCUAGCACAGAGUUUCAGAUGCUGUGGGCUGGGGAGAGGAGAGGCCCAUUUGUUCUACCCACCCAUUUUGUUAAGAAUCUGCUUACUUUGGAUGAUAUCUUGCAUGGAUUGAGCGCACCAUCCGUCCGAAAACCCUGCGAGUCCGCGCUCACUCUCACUGAUGGGGCAGACUUUCGGUGUCCAAUCAGCUUGCCUCCAAUUCGACAUAUGGCAGAACUCUUGGACGUGCUGCAAUAUGGCACCAUUUUCUUAAACACUGCUUCGCUUCAUUGGACAGUUGCGGCUGAGCUGUGCUUGGCAGCCAACCGUGCCUUCCAGUUUCCCAGCAAUAUCAAUGUGUAUGUCACUGGGCCUGGUCGGUCGGUGUCGACGGAUGUUCAUACAGACAACCACGAUGUGCUCGUCCUUCAAAGCCAAGGUGCGAAGCACUGGCGAAUUUUUGCACCACCUCUUCGGAUGCCCCACUCCCAUCCACUGUUUCGGGGAAAGAAUGAUGACCGAUUGCUGGAUUCUGAGCUGCAUGAGCCACUCUUGGAUGUUGUCCUACACCCGGGUGAAGUCCUUUUCGUGCCGAUGGGAUUUCCUCAUGCCACAGGCACUGAAGGCACAGGGGGCACUGAAGUUUCCGUACAUUUUACGCUCGGCUUAUCAACCGCCGACUAUGACCUGUGCCUUGGUGGCCUCAAACAGUCCUUCCUUCAAGAAAUGGGUCUCACAAAAAAGGAGGAGAUGUCAGGGAAAUCCUGGUGGCAGCUCUUAUUGCCAAUUCCUGUCGGCUUUCUUGUGCCAGAAUGGAUUAGGGAGAGCGAGGCUCCUUCCCAAAGGUACAUCCAGGAGAUAGUGAAACAGCUGCUCGAGGUAUCAGCCGCGGAGCUCCUUGAAUCUGGAAAGUCCUUGGGAGAGAUCUCGGAGUGUGCCGAGCAAGUGGCGUCCAAGCGUUUGAUGCAACAAGUUGCUGUACUAAAUUCGCAGGAAGAGGCGUAUGAAGAGGUGAUCAAUUCUGGUGAUCGCAUUUUCUUCGCAGCAGGGCCUGAGCAAACUUGCAGUGAGUACAGACGAUCGAUGCUGCGCCACCAGAUAGCAGAGGAUGAGCGCAAACGUUGUGUCGCUGAUGCUUCAGAUCCGCGAUUCGUUAGGCGAAUUGACCCCAUGGAUGGAGUGGCCCGAACCUUCUCAGAGCUGCAGCGCGUGCAUGCGUUGAGCAUGGCGGAGAUGGACGUUUACUGGCAAAAGUGCGAGUCACUCUACCCGCAUGACCAGCCACCGGCUGAACUGCUUCAGGAACUUCAGCGGGCCAGCGAGACCUGCAAAGACUUGCUUUACUUCCUGCACAAGCGCACCCCUCAGCUGAAGAAAACUCGUGUGCAAAGUUUCGCUUCUCGCCGCUUGGCUGCACGAGAAAAGAGAGCACAACUAGCCGGCGUGUGUGGAAAUGCUGGUGAGCUGGAAGCACCAGCUGUCCAACAAGCCCUGAAGCUGCUGACCAACCUUCAAUCACAGGUUGCAGAGGAGGGAGCGGAUGCACAGAAAGUGUUCGAGGGAGAGAAGAAACUCUGCAGUGGGAGGUCCAGAGAACUGCGCCACAGCCAUAAUGACGUGAAGGCUGAAGUUGAAAAGUCAGAGGCCGACUUGGCACAGGCCGAGAUCGAGAUUGAAACCAUGAACACCAAGAUCGAGGAGUUGGCGGCUUCGAUUGCAUCAGGUGAAGCUGACCUCCAGGAGGCCCAAGGCAUCAGAGAUAAAGAGGCUCAGCUCUUCAUGAAGGAGGAGAAGGGCUUGGUCUCCACUGUGGAUGCCCUAGACCGUGCUUUGGCCAUAGUCGGCCAUGAGCAACGAAAAGUAUACAAGAGCCAAGCUCUCAUACAAAUGCAAGAUGGUGGUUCCACUUUAGCGGAAGCUUUGUCUGCAGUGGUGGAGGCAUCAGCCGUCAGCACGGCGGAUCACCAACGCUUAGUAGCACUCUUACAGAGUUCGCAGAAGGAUAUGGCCGCUGAGGACUCUGAAGAUGCUGAUGUUGAUGCAGCUCUGGGGGUCCAGCCUGGUCCACUCGCAUACCAGUCAAAAAGCGGCAACCUGGUCGCAGUAUUGAAUGAGGUCCUCGAGAAAGCGCAGGGUGAGUUGGAGAAACUCCGGAAAGAGGAGCAAGAUAGGUUGCAUAGCUUCCAGCGGCUUCAACAGUCUCUGGAAGCCAAACUCAAGUAUUCGAAGCGUGAUUUGGCAGCUGCACAGGAAAUGAAGACUGAAGCAGCUCAGAAAAAGGCUACAGCUGAAGGAAGCCUGGCCGAAGCAAAGAAGAGCAUGUUCGAAGCGGCUACAGCAUUGCAGGACUUGCAAGCUACAUGCUUGAAGAAAGCCUCGAAGUUCGAGGAGGACAUGCAAGCCAAGGCUGAAGAAGUGAAGGCCCUGGCUGAUGCAAAGGAUGCAAUCUCAGCAAAAAUGGGAGGAGGUGACGUGUCCUUCCUCCAGCUCGGUCGAGGCCAGUGUUUGUGGAUUUGUCCUCUUGGCCCCCGUGACCUGCUUUGAUCCUUCCCUUUGGGAAGCCAGCUGCGGAUGAUGGGUCAGUUUUCAGGUUCCACGCAUGGAAAUGCGAUUAGCCUUCAAACGAAGAACUUCCAGGAACAAACGCAAGCCAGAGACCGACUCACAUCAACCCAUGAAGCUGCUUGUCCUGGGCUUGCCUGACCAGCACUUGCUCCCUAUUGUGAUGGACAUCGGGGUGGGCUUCUGUGGCUGUUGAGCGGGCUUUCCUACCUAUGCCUUUGUGGGGUUUUCUCCCAUCUUCUCCACGCGCCAUGGAGAGAAGGCAGCAAUUUUGCGCGGCAACUAUAUAGCUAAUUAGCACACGACGAGGACGCACCGGAGCUGUUUGGGCUUAAGCAGGGGCAUGUCGCUCCAAUCAUGUCGUUUUGCCCCUUUGCUCAUUUAUACAGAAGUUGAGUGCCAUAGAGGUAGGCCGUAGUAGUUGUCAAAACUGAGGCUCGGGGCGAGAGACAGCAGCCGCUAGAAGGCGGCGCUUGGGAGUGUAGUAUGUCGAAACCAGAAGCCUUGCACCUCAAUGUACUUCCCAUUCUGAAGCGUUCCAUGGGAGAUGCACCGACGCUUCGCUCGGCAUUGAUUUUCCACUGAUCAAGUUGCAAGCUUCAGUGAUGGGAUCGUGACAAACUAAGACA